AUCCUCACUUUGAAAUAGAUUCUGGAGAAGAUGUGGUCAUCCUAUCCCCGAAGAGACUGUAGGGGAAUUUGUAUUUCCCAGAUGAUCGGGCGUAAGCCCUUACCACUUCGCUCUGUCUUCGGUAAAGAUUUUGCAACCCUGGCAUUCCGAGUUGUUGUUCGAACUUGGAGAUAGGGGCUGGGCUCGCAUACACGAUUGGCAAGCCAGAAGGUAAAAUGUCAUGGCAAGUCCUUGCAUUCAACUUUACUUGUUCGUAAUUCUUCUUUCCCCUUUUAUCUGGAGAGCGGCUCUCAGGGAAUGAUUUCUUCAACGGCCUGUUACUAUCGAUGGGAUGARCGUUCGGGCAGACGUCACCGAGUCGACAACCCCCAGAUCUCAGAUAGGGAGAUGCGCACACUCUUUUCUUGUAGCUAUCAGGGUGGUAAUUAAUCUCCUCCGUAGAGUGGGCGUAACCRCAAGCAAGGCCAUUUGGACACUCAUUCAAGAAAAAGUUUGCAGGAGUCCCAGGGAGAACCAUCUCUUCUCCAACGUAGGUAACGAACUUGCACAUUUCGUUCUUAUACGAAUAGACCAAAGGGUCGCGACGCAACCAACCACUGUUUGCUUCGAUGUGGGCAAACCCGCAAAGAUCGUGGUCGUGUUCGUACCUUUUAGUACACCAAGUAGUUCGAAACUUACCCAACUCGUCGGGACUCAUCCGACCAAGCACAUCGGGUUGCAAGGGAGGUCUCCCCAGUGACGCUCCUGCUUGCAUAGAUGCUCCGAUGUUUCCCAAAAGAUGGGGAUCCUGGGAACCUUCGUGACCAAAAAAUUGGGCCCACUCUUGUGCGGUCAAUUGGAGGCUAGAUGCAUUCGCCGUGUCCCGUAUGAAGUCGUGAUGGCAACGAAAGACGUCUUCGGCAGAUCUCACAUUUUCAUUAAAGCACAAAAGAACAGCUCUCUUGGAUGCCUCUUCUUUCUCUCCAUCCAUGCCAUACUUCUCUGAAGUUUUCUCUGCAUUGAUGCUUCCAAAUUUUGGAGAGUGUCUUGGCGAUGACAAAGGCGAACGAAUCUUCAUCUUUUCAUCUGUCUCGUUGAGGAUGGCAUGUAUCACUGUGUCUCUAUCAACAACCAGAUCAUUCCAAGGUUUCGGUAGUUCUUGCAGAAGGACAGAAUCAUUUUGAACAGUUUCUGAAAAAGAGUCCCGGAAGUAAUCACCUUUCUCCUCCGAGCCAUCAGAUCUGGGAAUGAUAUAGUGAAAACAGGAGUUCAGAAUGAUUUGCAUGCACCUGUUCACUUUGGUUCGCGUGAUCGUUCCGGCUUCGAUCUUGCUGGACACACAUGCGUGCACUCCGGAUUGAAGUUGUUGCCUUGAGAAGAAACCAAAUUCGAGAGCUAGAAUUCUUCCUACAAGCCAUGUGACUAAUGCCACCGAUCGAGAUGUAUCAGGCUCAUAUAAACAUGCUUUCUUUCGCAGCAGAGUUUUCAGUACCUCGGAGGAAGACCUUUGCGUUGAUUGAUGUGGACUACUUAAUUGUCCUCCCGAUGAACCCUGUCUAGAACCCUGUUGUCUCUGGUUGCGACCGCUUCUGAGAGGUGAAGUAUUUUUGGGGGUAGAAUGGUGUGAAUGUGGUAUCUUCCGAUGCGCUGGCGGCAAAAGAGUUUGCUGCUGAAAGGGAAAGUGAGGUUGGUGCUGCUGCUGCUGCUGCUGUUGCUGUUGUUGUUGCUGCUGCUGCUGCUGUGGAUAGUAUUCUUUUGGAGAAGAAUGAUGUGCGAGGCGAUUCAUCUGAUGGUGUAUGUUUCCCUCGUUUCGGAAAGACGCCACUCUCUGUUGUGGUUGAUGAUGCCUUAAGGGUGGACCAUGAUUCGGCACAACCUGAGUUAUCCMAUCAAACGAUCGUCGAGGUUCUUCGUACGAAAUUGCAGUUGCCGACUGCCGGGACCAUAGGUUUGACUCCUGGGUAGAUUCUGAGGAACCGGGAUGAAGGCGUUGUGGAUCGUUGAUGUGGAGCACAUCCUCUUCACCGAACCUGCGAUCCCUUCGGUGGAGUGGGUGAAGAAGAUUUGGUAGAAUCGACGCAGAUUCAUCCAACUUGUAAUCUAAUAUCCCCUCGUCGUCCGACGAUGGUGCGGUGGAUACCGUAGAAGGUGUACCAACUAUGAUGCGAUCGAUCGAAGGUUCGUGAAUUGGUGUCCUCCUUCCUGGGCUUAUACCGGCAACGCCAUCAGUCGAGUUCGAAGUCCUACUGGCGUCUUCGUCUGUGUCUUUCUGAGAACCAAUUACAUCGCGUUUCGUUUCGUUGAAAUCUCCGUAACGUGCCAUUGAAAAUCCCCUGGAACCGUCUCCCAUCUUGUGGUUCUGGCUGUAAGAGGGGUGUGCAAUUUCUGCAGCUGUUCCCGUGUACUGUACAGGUGGUUGGGGUUGCUGCGGCAGUGCUGUUCGGGAGUGUUGCUGGUGUUGUGUAUAUUGUGGUUCGAAUUGCCUUUGCUGUGAUGUGUUCGUGCUUGUAUUGUUGGUGCUUUCUAUCCUGGGGAAACCGAGAUGGUGUUCUCGAUUCCUUUGCUCUUGAGAUUGGGUGGAGUUGUUUGUUAUCGUUACGAAAUUACAGUUUCCUCCACUACCGGAAGAAGCUAUUGAGUGCUGUAUUGAUUUAUGGUGUUCAUGUUGUUCUUCUAUGGUUCGAAUUUGUUGUGAGAGUGAAUAAUUUUGUUGCGUCUGUUGUUGUUCGUUGGGUGGUUGUACUUCUAGUCUCAAUCCCGCCGUUCCAGGGUUGUCACCGGAGGAACGUGAUUUUCGAUGUUCUGAGAAAAUUUUGGCGUGGGACUCAAUCAGAGAUUCUCCACUGCGMGUAGAAUCUGGUACUAAAAAUUUUAGAGCUGAAUUCUGUGUCGGGGCAUGCAACGUGCUUAACACGAUUGGCCUGCCUACUACCGGUCCUCGUGGUGCCGGAAGAACUGUCCCUGGAACUGAUCUCGGAGCCGUUGUCCCGAUACCUCGCGAUCCAAUGUCGUUAUCGAUAGUCGACGAAUGUAGCAACGGGGUUGCGGGGGCAGGCGCGACCUGGAGUGGCAUGUUGGAUUGCGAUUCCAUUUGCAUACCGCGGCAGUUGAAACACGAUUCUUUGAAACUUCCUACAGGUACCAGCACCGUGCUUCUGCUCCUAAAAUUACUUUCAGACUGCCAGAAUGCACAUGGCGUGCACUAGCCUGUCGUAAUAAUGUAUUGUUGUGUGUGCUUUGCAAACAGUUAUCUUCUUUGCGUGUAGGUAGGUAUGAGUGGGUAGACAAUUGUUUCUGUCUGCWCCACUUGUUUUUCCUUCUUCACGAAAAGAGUGUUUUAGUGAAGGUGCGCUGCAUGCAGAAGGCUGACACGUUUCGUUUUGCACGUUCAAAAACAAACAUCACAAAAUACCUCAACAAAUAAUUUUCACUUACCAUACUGUACUUACGUACCGGUACGAUUCAUGAACGUGCAGACGCUCAAAAGCAAGCAAAAUUCUUUUUUUCUUUUUUUACUUGCUGAAAUAWGAGUGGGCUUCAUUUUUUGAUCAGUCAAUCAUCGCUAAUUAUGCGAACUCUCUUUAAUCACCGCGCGCAAACCGAGGUUUGAAGCGUUGAAUGUUAUGCGUCAGUCCUUCUUCCACACCAGGUCAUCGACUAGCUCGACUAAAACAAAUCGUGGGGGUUAAAAUCUAGAUUUUCAUGAGAAGAUUAUUUUGAAAUUUCGGGCGUUGCGGAAAAAAUAGAUAGAUACGUAACUACCAAGUACCGUACGUACUAUAUCGUGGAACGAUCAACGGAGUGAACAGAAACGGAUUGUACAAUUAGGAAAGCACGCCCAGAGAAACCAAGGUACAAAGGCACGGAUAUCUUGUCGCCCGGACUAAACAAUACAACACUGAAACAACUUACUUCAGAAAUAUUCUACAACCAUGUUAGGUUAUCACAAAGCACAUGGACGUCACCGAGGGAGUCGCCCUUCUUCUCGUCCGUCAYUAAAGACGCUGACAGGGUGUCGAUCAUUCGUUUGUGUUUCAUUUUCGUUGGCAUUACUUUCAUCGAGUUCUUUGGUAAACUGCUCAUUCAUGGAUGCAAUAGAUGGUGUUUCCUCUUCCUUCAUCUCGUCUUUGAAGACUCCRGGCACAACAAAUAUUGCUCUUGUUCCGGCAUCUCCUGAUUGCUGGUUGGAAGCAAUGCAAGUGUUGAAAAGUCGACACGAAUCGCUCUUCCUCGAAAGCGAACACCUCACUGCCACCAAUCCCGAUAAAAACGAUAGCUACAAAGAUAUUGACACGAUGACGUGCAGAUGGAUGACGUCCGACGAUCAAAAAGUUCUUGCCCUGGAACUGUCCAAAUGUCACAUGGAAGACAUCGGACGCCCAUUGUUUCAGUUUCAAGACAGAGACCAACGCAUUGCUUGUUCUCGAGUAAUCUACGAGUAUGAUGUAGCAAGCUCUCGGGAAACCGUACGCACCAAUGACGAUGGUGCCUCUCAUCGUGAGGAGAAGAAAGAAUAUCCUCGCUCUGUUGCUUCAAACUGCUUGGUUCAUUUGACGGAUUCCGGUGUCGCUACUUACACGCAUUUUUUCUCGUACGUGAAUGAGCUCUGCACCCGCCUUCUUUCGGAGACCAUGCUGUCAAUGUACCGUCAGACUAGCUACCAGCUUGAAAAAUCUUCUAAAAUUGCGGAAUCGAAGGUCCAGGCCUUGAUAGAGCAGCAAGAUUUCCUCAUUCAUCGAUGGAAUAAGCGCGAAGAGCAUGUAUUGAGAGUAUAUGAUGAACUAGAAUCUCGUGUGCAAGAGCAAUCCUACAGUAUCCAAUCCGAAAUCGAGAGUCUCCAUAGCAUGCUCGAGAAUGAGCGUCGCCUUCGCAACGACGAAUACAAAGACUACCGUGAAACUCUAGCGCAAGAGCUUGAAAAAUAUAGAGAAGAGUUCACGGUCUUUUCUUUCAUUAAAAGAAGAGGUCGCGGUUUUAUGCAACUCUGGUACAUUGGAAAGAAUUUGGUUACUAGUGGAUUGCGAACUAUUCACUUUUUGUUCCAGGGGAUUAUCUGUAAUAUUUGCGGCUUCUUCCUUGCAUAUUUCUUGACASUUCCUGCUAUCUUUCGAUGGAUGCGGUUAUAUAUGUUUUCGGUCAUCCUCCUUUCUUCGUCGAUUAAGAUCUGUGGUUCAUGGUUUAGCAACAACGAGGAUCAAGGAAAAUUUUGGUUUUUUACCUCAAGCGGCUCUCCCGAUUCUCUAUAUACAAAUUGCUUGUAUGCGAUCUGUAAUAUCUAUCUCUUUGGAAUCUUACUUUCCGUGUUUUCAUGCCACGGACACACCGAGGGACAAAUUAGCGAUGGUGAAGAGCACCCGGGGACCUGUAAAGAGAGCACGGCCGAGGGAAUCAUCGAGCAGAGUGCACUCAGUAGCAACCAAUUUGGUCAAGCCCGUGGCUCUAUCAUUCCCGUUGGAACACUUCACCAAAAUAAUGCAUUUGUUCCUUUUUCUUCCCAGGGUCCGUCAGGUGCUGCAGCAUACUCGAAUCUAUUUUUUGGUGCUCAUGAUGGAUUGAGAAGUCAUUCAAUCGAGGACCAAUACGCAUCACAUCAACGGCACUACUGGUUGAUGCAUUACGUGGUUACACCUCCGCCACCAAUUGGUUCUAGAGCGAGCCCAAUCAKCAUUGAAUCAAACGACGAAAGUAAAAGAAACGAGACAGGAUCGAAGAGUUAUAACGAAGAUCAUGAGGCAGGCGGAAAUUAGAUUGACAGGAGAAUAGCAUUUCGACUUAUGUGCUACUCUUGUGCGCGGAUAUCGGAGAAUGCAAUGAGU